UUUUUAACUUCUUUACAACAUGAUUCCCAAUGCUUUGAAAUGGUUGGGCAUCGGUCUUAUUACUUCCUAUGUUAUGGGAAGUUUCAGAACUCCCUUAACUUUGGACUCUCUCUCCGUUAAACCUUUCCAUCUCUAUUCUCCUGAUUUCUACCCUAACGGUAGUUAUUUGGAAUUACCUCAAGGUACUAUGCGUUAUUGGAAAUUUGGUAAUGAAGAUGGCAAUCGUGUUGUCUUGGUGCAUGGCAUUACCACAGGUUCCUCUGUGUACGAUCGUUUAGCCCGAGAUUUAGCAAAUGAUGGUCACCAUGUCCUAGUGUAUGACCUUUGGGGAAGAGGUUAUUCUCAAGCUCCUCCUACCGUCUACAACGAAGCCCUGUAUACUUCUCAAUUAGCCAUGUUGUUGCAAAAGGUUGGAUGGGAUAACGCUGAUAUCAUUGGUGUUUCUCUAGGCGGGGCCAUUGCUACAUCUUUUACUUCCUUUUAUCCAGAAAUGGUCAAUAAAUUAGUCUUAAUCGCCCCUGCAGGUUUACAAACACGCGAUGACAUGCCUCUCAUUGCUAAAUUUUUGGCUUUACCUUUUGUCCACCAGUUCUUGAUGAACCAACCUUACAUUCGUCCUAUCCUCGUACACGCCGUAGAAAAAUACAGUCGUUCCACGCGUGUCGUCGAAAAUGGUCUGGAUCCCGAAACAGAAGCCAUCAUCCAAAAAAUCACUAAAAUCGCUACUUACCAGUUUGUCAAUCAUCCUGGUUUCUUUAGAGCUUUCAUCGGUACGGCCGUUGAAUACCCUUUCACUGGUCUGUCCCCCAGAUACAAGACCGUGGGUAAGCUAACUGAUCUAUCCGUUUUAAUCAUCUGGGGUGACCAAGAUACGACUGUCCCUUUCAAGCGUCAUAAAGAAGCACAAGCGUUCAUUCCCAACUCCAAAUUAAUCGUCUAUAAAGGAAGAGGUCAUGAUGUCUUGAUCACGCGUUGGAGAUCUGUCAAUAAAGAUAUCGAGACCUUUCUUCAAGCAUCAUAAUAAUAAAACUUCUCUCUCUCUCCUCUUUUUUUUUACAUUUUGUAAUCUAAAAGAAAAGAUGCCAACCUUUUUAUUAUUGACUGCAAGGUUUACUAAGUAACUCAUAAUCGAAUAAACGUGCCUUAGAACGUGGCAAACAAGCACCAGGAGAGAUCUCAUCCAAUUCAAAUCUAAAUAACCCCAACAUAGAUGAAUAAAACCCUCCCACACAGACAAACCCCACCCCUCCCUUUUUUAUUUUUACCCUAAUUUCUUUGUAUAGAACCGAAACGCACCUUCAUUG